AUGGCUGAAUUCUCGGUAAAUGUGGAAGGAGUUUCUGACAAUCAAGCCGAUCGAAUUAACUGUUUGAUCAAAGAAUAUAUAGAGUUGAAAAAAAUGAUUAAUAAAUAUAAAACGAGCCGGUACUAUUGGGAAUUACACUAUUCUACUUUAUCGAUAAAUAUUUGGUCAGGACAAAUCAAAUACACAAAACUGCAGGAAAAUGAAGCUCGUCUGCGAACAAGUAUUAUCGAGUCUACCAAACUAACAGACUUUAAAGAACAGGAAUUGAAAAAUUUGAUUGCAGAAAGAGGAAUAUAUUUCUCUGAACAAUGUGACAGUUUCCGAAUCAAAAGUACAAAAUUCACUGAUAAUUUUUUGCGCGCGCAAAAGGAAUAUUCAGUAGAUAUUUUAUCGAAAGAUAUCAAACAAUAUUGCGAUGAAUAUGAAAAAACAAAUAAGGAAUUGCUAGAACUUAAAAACAAAUUAACAAAACUCGAAAUAGACUGUGGUUUUAACUGUUUAAGCUUAGCCGAAGAGAAUGAUGAAAUAUUAAAAAUUAAUGCUGUUUUGAUUGAUGUAAGGGAAAAUAAUAAUAUUAAAUUAUUGAAGAUUAAAUCUGCGCAAGAUAUGUUGAAAGGAUUGAAAAAUGAAAUAAAACAGAAGAAAAUGUUGACUAAUUUUUUUAAUAAAUAA